UGAACUGCCGUUUGCUGGUUUUGAAUGGCCACAGAUAUUGAUGGCGGUUGUUGAUGGUUCUCGACCGCCGAUUGGUGAAUGUUGCCCAAAAUCAAUCAAAGAUGUGAUUACCGAAUGUUGGGAUCCAUCACCUGAAAAUCGACCUUCGAUGAAGGCUGUCAUCGAACAAUUAUUGAACGUUAAUUUAGAUGAAUCGUUGCCUCCUCAUUGCCCAUUCGUCGAAGAUAAAGACGAGGCUAAUCGAAGCGACUUAGCUGCUGCAAUGCAGGAACAACUGUGUUAUUCACGCGAUGAAGUUAACUCUUCGACCAAAGAGUUUUCAGAGCAGAGUCUAUCGCACAGGUCAAAUGAUUCAAGAAUCUUGGAAUUAGAACUACCAUCCAGCAGUGGCUACCGAGUGGGCGAAAGGAGAGUAAAUUAUAGUAUAAAUCAGCUACAUUGUGCUGCUCAGAACGGUAACUCAGAAGCUGUAGAAAGACUUCUACGAGAUGGAGCAUCUGUCCAUGUGAAGGACAAUUUUGGAGUAACCCCUCUACAUUAUGCUGCCGAUUCUGGUAAUGAAGCAGUUGUCAGACUCCUCUUAAUACAUCAAGCAAACAUCAAUGAGAGGAAUAACGAUAAAGCGACACCCCUUUACUUAGCUGCUUUAAAUGGUCAUACCAAAGUAGUGAGUAUUCUAUUGGAAAGAGGAGCAGGCGUUAAUCUAGGGACUAGUAAUGGAAUGACACCAUUGAUUACGGCUGCCAGAAAUGGUCACGAACAAGUUGUAAACGUACUGAUCAAUAAUGGAGCAGUAGUAAAUGCAACUGACAUCACUGGAUUUACACCUCUCCAUUAUGCUGCUUCAAAUGGUCAUGGAGAAAUUGUGGACAUUCUUCUAAAUAAGGCUGCUGACUUCGAUGUGAGGAAUAUCUAUGGAGAAACACCGCUCCACUAUGCUGCUGGAAAAGGCCACAAAAGUGUUGUAAAAAUCCUCUUACAUCAUAACGCAAACAGCAGCAUGAAAACGAAGAAUGGAGUGACACCUCUCCACAUUGCUACUCUUAAUGGACACAAAAUAGUCGUGUGUAUUCUUGUCGACUCAAGAGCCGAAGAAGUUGAUGUGCCCACAAAGGAUGGAGUGACACCUUUACAUUUUGCAGCAGGAACAGGCAAAAAUGAAAUUGUUAACAUUCUUUUGCGAAGCCGAGCAACCGUUGAUAAGAAGGAUAAUGGGGGAAGGACGCCUCUACAUUAUGCUGCCAGAGAAGGCCAUGGAGAAACUGUCAAAAAUCUCCUGAAUAAUCGAGCAUUCAUUGAUGCAAGAGAAAAUUAUGGGUUGACACCACUUCAUUACGCUAUGCUGAAAGGCCAUGACAACGUUGUGAAUAUUCUGUUGAGAGCAGGAGCAGUUAUGGAUGAAAAAUGGUUCUGGAUGAAGGAUGAAUUGGGAAAUGCCCACAUUCGAAAGGCCACUAGCGACGGUUAAGUAAUUUUUCUUUAAGACAGAACUCGUAGCACAGUUUAAAGAUUAACGACAUUAUAAAAAAUUGUUUCUCCUUCUCUU